AUGCCCCCAACCCCAGCCCAGCAGCAGCAGCAGCAGCAACAGCAGCAGCAGCAACAGCAGCAGCAGCAACAGCAACAGCAGCAGCAACAGCAGCAACAGCAGCAGCAGUGGGAUGCUCACACAGUAAAUGUAACAGGCUUAGAAGACGCUGUUGGGUUUAAAAGGAGGCAGCAGCAGCAGCAUCAGCCAGAAGAAGCAGCAACAGCAGCAAAAUACAGGGGUAAAAACCUAGGGAGAUGGAGUUGCAUGCGCAAGCAGAAGCGCGUGCAUGCAGCAGCAGCAGCAGCAGCAGAAGCAGCAGAUGCUGCUGCUCCUGCUGUUGCAGCAGCAGCAGAAGCAGAGGCAAAGCAACACGCAUCAUAUGGUGCAGCAGCACCGUCGCGGUCGCUGCAGCAGCUAAAAGAGUUGGGGGGUCUUUCUGUCCCUGCGAGUAGCUCUGAUAAAACCACUAGCAGCAGCAGCAGCAGCAGCAGCAGCAGCAGCAGAAGCAAACGACAAGAGCCGACAGAAGCGCAAGAAGCUCGCAAGCAAUUCGAUGAGGCUGUUCAAGAUAUCCGCAACAUGGUGUAUCCGCACUUGGGGCGAUUUCAACGCCGCCAAUUUUUAAGUGCGGCGUUGAGAGCGAUGGGCUUAG